AUGGAGAAAGUUGAAAGUUCAAAAUUUAAUAGAAUUUGUGUGUUUUGUGGUAGCAGUUCUGGGAAAAAAACUAGUUAUCAAGAAGCUGCUAUUGAUUUAGGCAAAGAACUGGUGGAGAGGAGGAUUGAUUUAGUGUAUGGAGGUGGAAGUGUGGGGUUGAUGGGACUUGUUUCUCAGGCUGUUCAUGAUGGCGGUCGCCAUGUUCUAGGAGUGAUUCCAAAGACUCUCAUGCCUAGAGAGUUAACUGGAGAAACUAUUGGAGAAUUGAGAGCAGUGUCUGGUAUGCAUCAAAGGAAAGCUGAAAUGGCCCGUCAAGCUGACGCCUUCAUUGCCCUCCCUGGUGGCUAUGGUACUCUUGAAGAACUUCUCGAAGUCAUCACAUGGGCUCAGCUUGGAAUCCAUCAGAAACCAGUGGGGUUGUUGAACGUUGAAGGUUACUAUAAUUCGUUGUUGUCUUUUAUCGAUAAGGCUGUUGAUGAAGGCUUUAUCUCUCCUAUUGCUCGUCGAAUAAUCGUGUCUGCUCCAACAGCCAAAGAGUUGAUCAGAGAACUUGAGGAACAUGUACCAGAGAAGGAUGAAAUAAUAUCGAAGUUGAUAUGGGAGGAUGAAAUUCAAAGAUACAAUUAUGCACCUGAAUCUACUGUUCCUACAUGA